AUGCCGAAGAAAAGCCCUCAAAACUUGGAAGGGAAACCCAGCAAGGAAAUAAAUCAAGUCCCUAUAACGGAAGAACACAUCUAUAAAUAUCUCAAGGAACAUUAUGGUCUAACCCCACCCACGGUAAAUUUUACUCUUCGAUCCCCUUUUACUCAAGGCCUAUUAGAUAAGUCGAUGCCAGUGACGUACAAACAACCCAAGUUUCAAUUAUUUGACGGCUUGGGAAACGCGACAGAGCAUGUAUUUCGUUUUGUCAUGAGUUUGAAUGAACACGCCACAAAUGACUCUAUUUGCCUCAGGAAAUUCGGAAAGUCACUUACCGGGGAAGCUUUCUCGUGGUUCGUAGGGCUUGAAGAAAACAACAUCUCGCCGUGGAACGAAAUUCGAAACCAAUUUAUGAAGAAAUUGUACACUCGGCAGAAGCAACUUACCAUAUCAGACAUCUGUAACCAUAAAUUCAAGCCGGGAGGAAAGUACAUACAUUUUGCGAGGAGCUUCUGGGGAGAGUGUUUUCGUAACAAAGUGAAAAUUCCUGAGAAGGAACUUGUCAAGAUAGGCAUCAGCCGGUUUUCGGCGGAUCUUAGUUUUAUUAUAGCAGCAGUUAGGUUAGAAACCUUUGCAGACUUCGAGGACGCAUGUUCUCGGGAAGACGAUGCAACGAAAUUCAAAACAUCCGAAGCCAAACAAUGGGGGCACUCAGUGUCGUACGCCAAGGACGAGGGAGCCAACAGACAAGGAAAAAGACAAUCUGACUUUAGAGACGGUAAAGGUUACAAAAGGAGCAGCGACUCAAGCGAAGCAGUAGAGCCCCCGGACUUCCCAUGCCCACUAGAAGUUGCAAUCGAACUUUUGGAAGAGUGGCGUAAGGACGGGGAUAAGACCCUUCCCUCUCCUGCGAAAGAACCAACAAAACAAUACAAACGUCACCCAAGGUACUGCCACUUCCACCAAAAGGUGGAACAUGCGACAAAGAACUGUAGAACAUUCAAGUGGAAAAUCCACAACAUGCAGAGGAGCGGGGAACUCGAUUUUGGCACAAAGACACAUAUUCAGAAGGAUAGAUUUCCACGGCAAGUCUUCAUGAUCACACACGAAGAGCCUGAGGCAACCACGGGGGAAGUUUGUGUUGUUUCUGAGGCAGAUGACUAUCAAUUCAUUGCUUCCAUGGUUGCCAAAAACCACUGUUUGCAGCAUUUUUCGAUACUCUGA